AUGGGCGUAGGAGUGUUUACAAUGCGGCCCACGGGCUCCGCUGGGAUCGGGCCCAAAUCCAACGCAACAAGGUCAGCAGUACUGCCACUCUCGUCGGAGGAGCGCGUGGAGGCACUCUCAGUGACGACGCCGCCGCCAGCUGCUGCUAAUACAGCUGUCACCGCACCAGCCCCUCCUACCACUCAGAACACUUCAAACCCUCGAAAGCUCCUCACGGAUACCCAAGCGGCGCGUGCAGUGCUUGUGCCUGCAGCGGUACCUGCGCCACUCGCCGCGCCGCAGCCGCAUCGUCGCUUCCCUCCCUACCCUAGGGAGACCUCGACGUUGGCCACACCUCCUCCAGCGGAAAUCUUGUCUGCGCCUCCGGCCGUAGCUGAGACCGCUGUCAAGAGGCUCCGCAAAGAGGGCUGCGUUACCGAGGCCCCGCACUCGGCGCAGGCAGUGCUGUUUGCACGGGCGGAGGAGGGACACCAUGACGCCGCUGGUGGUGCUAUCGCUGGUGUGAAUUGCCUUUGUCGAAGGUCUAGCCACGGCACCGCUGUCGCCACCAACUUCAAGAUGAAGAAUGGCGAGGAUGCCAAGUUUAAUGCAAAGACAUCAGACGAGGGACGACGAGGUGGCGCGCCUCUGCGCAGCGAAGGUGGCUUCUACAGCGAAGAGGAGAUGGGGCAGUGCGCUACGUCCGCUGAAUUAUCUCCAUCACCAGAGGCGCCGGAGGCAGAGGAGGUGACGGCGGCGGCGUGUGCAUCAGUGGAGGCCACGGAUCUCGCAGAUGCUCCGGCUUUGCUUCCUCCUACUGGUGCUCCUUCUCAACUGCGCAGCACUUUCAUAGCUUACCGCCCUGUAGCUCGCUCUGUCUCUCCGGGGCCAGGGCUUGGGCAGUACAAAGGACUUCCGCUCACGGCAGUGCAGGAAGUGCUGGAGUUGAAGCACAAAGUGUACCGUAUCUGUCUCACCGGUGGCCCAUGCGCUGGCAAGUCCACAAUGCUCUCAGCGAUUCAGGCAAAGAUCCCGCAGCGCACCGGCUUCCGAGUCAUGUGCGUGCCGGAGGCUGCUACGCUCCUCGUCAGUGGCGGGAUGCAGUGGGAUGGCAACCUUACCGUACCACAGCAGCUCGGGCUCCUUCGCACUCAGCUCGCCUUGGAGGACCAGUUCUACGCGCUCGCCGUGGCAUCCAAUGUGCCGACCAUCAUCGUAUCUGACCGUGGCACGAUGGACGGCCGCGCGUUCUGCACUGAUGCGCAGUUCCAGGAAAUCCUGCACGGCGUUGGUAGCACCAUGGACGCGCUGCGUGACCGUUACGAUGCCGUCAUUCACAUGGUCACCGCCGCCGAUGGGGCGGAGGAGUUCUACAACCUUGACAACCCGGCGCGGUACGAGGACCUCGACGGCGCACGCACCUCCGAUGUUCGCCUACGGGAGAUGUAUGUUGGUCACCCCAUGUUCCGCCUGCUUGACAACUCCACCACCUUCGAGGACAAGAUUGAGCGAGGACUGCAGGUGGUUGCCCAGGUGGUGCACAAGGAGCAGUGCGCGCCGGCGUUGCCCACUUACUACGUAGUACGCCGCUGUCCAGCUGAGCUUCCGGUGGCGUGCGCCACGUACACGACGUACACGACUGUACUGGGCAACAGCCAGAUGAGCGACAUCCGACUCCUAGUGAAGCGCGAGAUGGCAGAUGGGUCGACGAUGCACUUCUUCAAGAGCGUACGCGAGUCUCCGUCGUCCGGCUCGGCUGCGUUGUCCUCGCGUGUUCCACCCCUCCAGACCUCGCGCACCAGCACUGGUGCCUCGUUCCGCAGCAGUCUGAGCAUCCCGAUGGGUAGCACAGCAACACCCAUGCAGCGGCGCAUUGAGAGCGCCCAGCGUAUCAGCAGCCGUGAGUACGCGAGCUUGUGCAAGCACCGCGACUACACCCGCACUGAGGUGGUGAUGAAGGCGACGCACUUCAUCUUCGAGGGUGCCAACUAUGAGUUGACGACACUGGUCGCACCAAGCUGGGCCGCAGGGCGUCAGACGCUGACAGUGGAAAGCUGCACGGUGCCGACGGCGCAGCAGCAGCAGCAGCAGGAAGAGGAGCAUCGGCACGGCUCACGUCAUGCUGCUCCGUUGACGCCGGCGCUGCGCCUCCCACCGUUUUUGGAGGUGGAUCGUGAGGUGCCGGUGGAGAGCCUGACGACUGUCUUUCUCAUCUCGCACAAAGAGACGGGUCCCCUCUACACGUCGCUGGCGUUUGCGCCUGUCUUCUCCCGUGCUGUGGUGACCGCCCUUGGUGCGCAUGCCGACACGGAGAACAUCCUGAGCAGCACGCUGAGUACACCUCGCGGCACGCCAGCGCUGCGUGCAGAGAUGGACACGCUUCCCACUUCCCCCGUAGCUGCGGAGAAAAGGGAGGAAGAGAGGAUGUCUACUAAAACUGCACCCUCGAGGGAGGGCGGCAGGCGAGUAGAGGACAUGAAAAGCUCGGUGCCAGCAGCCGAACCGCCGCCGUUGCCGGCGCCUGCACGUCGCGGGCUUGCUCUGCUCGACGCCAAUACACUUUCUAUCUCCGCAUCUGCGAUCAAAUCCGCCACGACCAAACUAGUGGGCGCAUCUAACGUGAAAGGGCAGCCUUUGACGCCGCGCCGCGAUGAAUCAACCAGCAUUGACAUGGGCCACAACAGUGCUACCCCGACGAGCCCUUGCCUCGCCGUAGAGGAGGGGGAUGUCGCCGAAACGACCACGGCGGCACCAGCAGGGGAGCGUCCGCAGCCAGAGAAGUUGAUGGCGCGAGACCCCAAGUGCAUCUUGCCCCCUAUCAAGUCGAAAAAGGUGCCCACGGCAGCCUGCGUAGGCAACUAG